CUUCUUUCAGCCCAGGCUGAAUUUGUUGCCCUUGGAGGAGAUCACCAGGGCUGUUUCAAACUGAUUUUCAGGACAGAGAGCACGAGUUUCUCACCUGGUUGCUCAGAGCCUGUUUUGCAGGAGGGCAGUUACUGCAACCCUUGCUUUCCUAUUGAUGUGAUUGUUCUCACUAAGAAGCAGGCUCUGCAGGGAGAAGAGGGCUGGAAAAGCCAAGCUCUGGUGACUCAUAGAAGUCACACGAUUGAGACCUGAUGACAGCAAGGCUCAGAACUGGCUGGCCCUGCAGGUCUCCUCCUUGCUUUCCUCAGUUUGGGUGUUCCCGGCCGCCCCAGGUUGCAUGGAGAUGGUCUAACAUUUCUGCCUGGCCUCAAGGUCAAUAAUGACGUGCGGGAUCAACUGAGAUUGCGGUGAGCCCAGAUUUCUGGUGGUGACUCUUGGGGAUAUUUUCUGUUUGGCUUUCUGCUGGGAGAUGGAGCAGCUGACUCGAGAGCUUGAGGAAAAGCGGCAGCAGAAGCUCAAACACUUGGAGGAGAAGGAACUGCUGAUGAAGUGCUCUAGAAUGGGGAAGAGAUGGCUUGGAGAAGCCAGAAACAGUGCUCUGAGGAGGAAAAGCGAGGCUGGAGUGAGGCAGAUCCUAGAUGACCUGGGUCUGGGUCCCUCGGGGCCUCCUGUUCCCCCUACCACUUUUUACUCUGUGGUCCAUUACCCGGAGAAGUGGGUUGCCCCGGCAGCAGAAGACCUGGAGCACUUCAUCUUUGUUGUGCCAGAGGGAACCACUGCAGAAGACAAACGGAAGGAUACCGCAAGUGGCUUGAAGGCCUCUGCUGUGCUCCCAGUGAAGAGGUCAGAGUUGCUGGCCAGCCCGACCAGGCGCAGGGUGAAGGAGAAAGCAGUGGUCCACCAGAAGGCUGCCGAAGAGAAACCAAGCUCUGGCCAGGGCAGGAGAGGUCAGCAGGAUGCACCCACAUAUUCCUUGAGGGUGAAACGAAGUCGUGUGAACAUGGUCCAACCCCCACAGAGACCUGCCAGGCUGAGUCACUGCCAGUGGAUUGUGCCUGCCCACGACAAGGUGGAACUGAAGGUUCACUUCAGCUCCACGGAGCUGGGCCAGUUUGAUCAGACGCUACAUUUUGAGAUCCUGGGGACAAAGCGUCAGUACCAGCUGCAGUGCAGGGGCACCUGCCUGUAUCCCGCCAUCAGCCAGGACCCACGGGUGGUGUUCCCUCACCAGAGGAAGAGCAAGGUGGAUGAUGACAUCGUCUCCAAGCAGUAUGUCAUGGACAAAGGUGUAUUCCACUUUGGGCCAUUGCUGUGCGGGAAGUCAAAGGACUGGUACAAGGCAGAGCAUUGUCCCAGCAACUUUGAGAAGAUCAACAUCCUCAACAUCACAUCCUCGGAAGCAGAGGUGCAUUUCUGCUUUGAACACGAUCGCAGAAUGGACGUGUUCCGUUUAGACCCUCCCAGCAUGAGGCUUAAACCUAAUGAGAAGCAGGAGUUGAGCAUUUGGGCGUACCCCACUUCAACUGGGCUCAAGGCAGACAACCUCAUCUGCUGUAUUGAGGACAACCCAGACCCAGCGGUCUUCCGCCUGUGCUGCCAGGGAGUGCAGGUGAAGCUGGAGGUCAGCCCCAAGAAGGUGCAGUUCAAAGGCUGCUUCUGCACAGGCACAGCCAUCCACUGCUGUGAAGGCAGAAGGUACUGCAGAGACUCAGAGCCUGAUGAGGAUCAAGGAACGGAGGUAGUUCGUGGAGUCAGAGCCCUUCAGUGUGGGAAUAGAGGAGGUUUUUGACAUCCUGCCACUGUACACUGUGCUGCAGCCGAGUGAGAGCCAGCGGGUCACGUUCCCCUUCUUUGCCAUGCAGACAUUGUCGCCCACGUCAUGGCACUGUGCAGGGUGGAGGGAGGCCCAACCUACGAGAUUGCGCUGAGCGGGGAUGCUUCGCUUAUCAACUGCCUCCUGGACAUCACAGAGAUUGACUGUGGGCUGCAGGGUUACCUUGGACCUGGCAAGGAGCAAGUGCUGAAGGUCUGCUGCCUGCCAGGAGUGCGUGGAGUCUUCUGCAGACUUUCCAGGUCCAAGUGUGUCACCUGAAGCCAGAAGAGAUCUCCCUGAAAGGAGACGGGAACUUUCCCAGGUUCUCCUUGGACCUCCUCAGGAAUAUCAAAGGAAAUGAAAAAUAUGAGAAGAUCCUCAAGGAGGCGUAAGAGAAGAUGGAACAAGACAACCAGAGAGACCAAGCAGUUGUUCUAGGGGAGGCUGUGGCUCUUGGAACCACUAACAGACAGCUCAAACACCAUGUUGGAGCCUUGGCUACAGAUGCAGCUGGAGGAGGUGCUGCUUGAGGAACACGCCCUGGAGCAGCAGAGAGCUCUGGCCUCCAAUGCCCCAGAGGAGAGUGCCUUUGACCAGCAUGCUCACUGGAGGCUUCUUGAGCUCUGGUUUAAGGACUCCUUACUCCUCCUUUCGGAGCUGAGUUGCCCGAGUACAUCUUGGACUUUGGCUACGUCGUUCUCGGAGGCAUCCACACGCCCGUUGUGACGGUCACCAACACUGGGCAGUUCCGUGUGUCCUUCCACACCGGUGGAAGGGUCCUGCGUGGCACAGGGUUUCAGUGUGGAGCCAAACUGCAUAGAGGACUUGCCCUGCUGCAAGACUGAGACAUUUGAAGUACGCUUCGACCGAGGAAGUGCCAACCUGCCUCUGGGAAAGGUGGA